AUGGAGGAACUUUUAACACAGGAUGCGAAUCCUAUAGAAAUGGGGUCUGGAGGAAUCAUGACUUGGAAAUCAGAUGAUGUUUACUCGAAAGUUAUGGGUCUAGAACGGCCCGGACGUGUGCGCGGUUUGGGGUUUGGGUCAACCCCUACAAAGCAAACUUGUCAACAUUCACUAUCAGCUUCAAACCAAGAAAAUGGUAUAUCAAAGGAAGAGUUUGAUAAAAUGCGGAACGAAUUAAUUGACUUGCGAAACUUAGUAAACACAUUCGUGCAUGCACAGGCUUCAGGAAAAAAUCAAAAUGAGAAUGAAGAGGAAGAGAAAGAUGAAGAAGAGGAAAAUGCUGAAGAGGAGGAAGAUCAAGAGGAAGAUGAAGAGGCGGAAGAGAAUGAUGAGGACAAUGAUUGAGGGUCAGGAUCACAAGUUAGACUAUAAUUGAGACUAUAUUUAUGGUAUUUGUCAUAUAUCAACGUUUGCUCUGUUUAAUGGUAUUUGCAGCUUUCCUUAGUUAAGACUAAAUUAAUGGUUAUGUCAUAUAUCGACGUUUGCUCUGUUUUGCUAAGUUGGAAUUAGGACGGAUUAUAAAAGGAUAAGUGCUGGAUUAUGCA